AAACACACAGUCAGUCAACUGUAGCUGUCCUCAACACAUCAGGCUGUUUCCUCCUCACUGCUGGGAGUACUGACUGUUUAAAUCAUCCUCAUCAAGAUUAACAGAAACUAAGAACAUAGAGGAAACUUUAAGUGCAGCUUGUUUCAAAAUAUCAACUGAUUUUACAUCAUAUGUUUCACUUUUUUAUCUUUAGCUCUGAAACCUGUCUGUUGUCAUGGUUCAGCAGUGAUGCCUGUCCGUUGCCGUGGUUACUGUACUGAGAGAGAGAAGUGAAACAGGAGAGCAGCUGAAGCAGCAGCCUCCUCUGCUGCAGCCAACAGGGUGGAGGUGAUUUUCUCUUUGCUUCAAUCAAACCAAAUCACUGUUUUUAUUCAUCCAAAAUGUGUCUUUAGUCUAUAUUACAAUUAUUAUUAUUCUUCCUACUUGUAUAGAUAAGAAGAAGAAGUUUAUUGUUUGAACUUUGGUCCAGAGCAGAGCCAUUAUAAAAGCUUUGUGUAGUCUGUGUUUAACAGUUUUAAAUCAUGUUCACACAGAUCAAAAGCUUUUACUGCCACCCAGUGGUUAAACUGUGCACUGCAGCCGACGAGGAGCCGCUUUUUACCUUUUUCUCCCGGAACCUUUGAUGACCUGACAUUGUUUCUCCCCGACGUCAUUUAGAGUGAGCGCUCGGUGGUUUUGUUUACUUUUCUCGUGUGAACCGGAGAACGGAUCAUUUAAUCAUUUUAAUGUCACAGCCUUCGUCUGUCACAAACAGUUCAGCUUCAUAAAUUCAUUCCAACAUGUCCGCGGACCCGCAGCUCUUCCCGCCGCGCUGCUCCCCGUCCUUCUCUCCCGGAGCCGGGGAGGGCUUCGGCGGCGUGGAGCCUCCCUCGCUCCCUCCGCUGUCAGAGAUGGAGACCCUGCGGAUGUUCGUGAACGAGCGGCUGACGGCGGCGGUGGACGACAUCCUGGAGCUGUUCGGGAGCGUAGCCCGGUACCGGGAGCAGAUAGACCGGCAGAUAGACCGGCAGCUGGACGGCCUGAGGUCCGAGGAGGGCAGGCGGAGCCGGGCAGCAGUGAUACACUCCCUGAAGCAUGUCUACCUUGCUUCCUCUGAGGUCCAAAACUUCCCCGACUUUGUGGCUGUUGUGUUUGUUGAUGGAAUUCAAACAGAUCACUAUGACAGCAACACCAAGAGCACAGUACCCACACAGGUCUGGAUGAACCGAGUCACAGCAGAUGAUCCAGAGUACUGGAAAAGGCAAACUUUGUACUGGGAAGGUCAAGAGCAGAUAGGAAGAGUCAACAUUGAGACUUUAAAAGGGCGCUUUAACCAGACUGGAGGCAUCCAUGUAAUCCAGGUGUUGAAUGGCUGUGAGUGGGAUGAUGAGACUGGAGAUGUCAGUGGCUUUGGUCUGAUUAGUUACGAUGGAGAAGACAUCUUAAUACUGGACAUGAAGGCACAGAGGUGGAUUGCUACAAAAGCAGAGCUUCUAAGAACUCAACAUAAGUGGAAUAAUGACAAAAGUUGGAUAGAGUUCAUGGAGCACCGUUUGACUCAGGAGUGCCCUGUGAGGCUGAAGAACAGUUUGGAUUACGGGAAGAGCUUUGUGCAGAGAACAGACCUUCCAUCAGUGUCUCUCCUCCAGAAGACUCCCGUGUCUCCAGUGACAUGCCAUGCCACAGGUUUCUACCCCGACAGAGCCAUGAUGUUUUGGAGCAGAGAUGGAGAGGAGCUUCACGAGCAUGUGGACCACAGUGAGAUCCUCCACAACCAUGACAGCACUUUCCAGAUGAGCGUGGAUCUCGAUCUUUCGCUGGUCAAACCUGAGGACUGGCCACGUCACGAGUGUGUUUUUCAGCUGUCUGGAGUUAAGGAUGACAUUAUCACCAAGCUGGACCCAGCUAUAAUCAAGACUAACUGGGUUGAGAAACCCAGUGUCACAGCACUCCCCAUCACUUUGCCUGCAGCGGCUGCAGUGGCUAUCAUCCUUGUGGCCACAGGAAUCAUUGUUUACAAAAAGAAAAAAGGCACAUAUGUGUCCACUGUUUGUGGAGACACCUGUUUCUCCAUGGGCCCAGCCAUGAACCCUUCAGACUCUCCUGACAACAGCACUGAGCUUUCUGAGAAACUGAAUCCACCUGAUUCCAUGCAAACCUCUUAGCACCCAGUUUGUAAAAAAGGACUGGAGUGAUAAUUGGUGACUUAUAACACUGCAUUGAGGGUGAGAUGUUUUUGGUUCAAGCAGGACAAAGGAGCUACUGAUGAUUUCGGUGUUUUGACACCACUUGCAUGGAUGUGUCAGAGUUUUACCCUUUUCAUUUUUGAGGGAAAUGGUGUCUUAUUUCUUUAAAUGAGGUGUAAUCAUCAAGGUAAAUAUUCCAAAUGUGAGAAAGUAGUUGCCGUUCAAAUAAAUGUAGGGUUUUGUUUUUCUUCUAAAUUUUAAUCUUAAUUUAUGUGAUCCCCCAAUAUUCCACAUAAAUAAACACACUCAAAUGUACUAACACACAUUUACAAACGUGCACAAGCCAAGGUACAGUUGGAAAUGAACACAAACACUGUGCUUGUUUUCCACCAAACAUUUAUAUUAUUUUUCCUGUUAUGUAAAUAUUCUCAUAUAUUUCUAUAAAACAAAGUUUAGUAAAAGCUGCAUGUUGUGUUGUCAAACCAAACUUUAGCCAAGUGUAGUUAGUAUAUUUUAUGUUUUGAUAGCCUACUUGUAAAAAAAUGACCUAAGGCUAAUUUAAAAGUAUGUUUUCUUUGACAUUAAUGAAUGUUAAUUAAAUGCAAUACAGUCCAACUGCAUUUGUAGAAAUUCAACCUGAAAGCUAAUUAAACUAAACCAAGUACUAUAAAGACUUAAAAAGUUUUCACAUUUGCACUAAAGUUGUUUACAUAUACAUUCUCCUUUUUUAGUGUGAUGGUGGUUGUAUAACUGCUGUGUGUCUGAAAAACUUUGUUUUAAACCUCAUCUCGAGACGAGCUACUGGCGUCUCAAACCAUGAAUCAUGAACAGAGACAGAGAAACAGUCCUGUCAAAAAGAAGAGCAAUUGUUAAAUCUCACCAGCAUCAUCCUUUUUAUUCCUUUAAUGCAUUGAAUUUUGUUUUGGGUUUUUUUUUUGUGUGUAUGUGUGUUAUUAUUUGUGGAAAUAAAUAAAUGGAAAUGUAUACCAAGUAGCAGAUACUGAAAAAUGAUUGAAACUGUACUUGAAGUACUGAGAGUUAUUUGUGCAGUUUAGUGUUUUUCAAUAAAAGCUUUAUUAAGUAUUAUUAAGUAUUAUCAAUAAAGGUAUAAAAAUAAAAUUGCAUAUUCAAAGA